AUGGAGGGUUUCGGUACUGGCCAGCGGGUGGUGACCGUUCCGAAGGGCCCUCUGUACCGUGUGAGGGGAUCCCACAUCACGCUGUGGUGCAAGGUGAGCGGCUACCAGGGCCCGGCGGAGCAGAACUUCCAGUGGUCCAUCUACCUGCCCUCUGCCCCUGAGCGGGAGGUGCAGAUCGUCAGCACCGUGGACCCCUCCUUCCCCUACGCCAUCUACACGCAGCGUGUGCGCAGCCGAGGGAUCUACGUGGAGCGAGUGCAGGGGGAUGCUGUGCUGCUGCACAUCGCCGAGCUGCAGGACCGCGACGCCGGGCAGUACGAGUGCCACACGCCCAACACCGACCAGAGGUACUUUGGCAGCUACAGCGCCAAGACAAAUCUCUCAGUGAUUGCAGACACUCUCUCAGCUUCCAUGGCACCCCAGGUCCUCACCCGCACUGAAGGGGACACAGUGGAGCUCACCUGUGAGGUGUCCAAGUCCACUGCCCAGCACACACACCUCUCUGUUGGCUGGUACCACCUUCAGGGAGAAAGAGAACACCAUGCUGAGGAGGUCCUCACCCUCUCCAAGGACUUUGUUUUGAGCCCAGGGCCCUCCUACCUGCAGAGGUUUCUGGCAGGAGGUGUGCAGCUGAACAAGGUUGGGAACACCACAUACAAGCUCUUCAUGGCGGGAGUGCAGCAGCUGGACCAGGGGCAGCUGUACUGUGAAGCAGCUGAGUGGAUUGAGGAUCCUGAUGGGACAUGGAAGGACAUCUCCCGCAAGCAGACAGGCAGGACAUCGCUUCUGGUCACGAGCUGGGGCAGAGACCUCUCCAUGGACAUUGCUGCUGCUGAAAGCUCCCUGUCUGAAGGUGAUACCUUGCAGCUAAGUUGCAAAGUGGGAUCCCAGAAGAGCAGCAGCAGGCACUUCCAAGUGCUCUGGCUCCUUGAUGGUGUGGAAGUGGCCAGGCUGGACCCCAAGGGAGUACUGGCCUGGAAAGAAGAAUAUGAGGAGAGAGCCAAGCUGGGCCAACUCCAAGCAUUCAAGCAAAGCAAUGUGAUUUACUUGCUCACCAUCUAUGAGGUGGGGCUGAAGGACAAUGGCAUGUACCAGUGCUCUGUUUCUGAGAUGAAGAGUCCUGAAGACUUUUACAGCAUCCAAACAAAUCUGUCAUCAGGCAUCCAAGUCGAUGUGAAGCCAAAAGAGAGCCACAUGCGCCUGUCUGUGACCACCAGCACGCCGCAGGUGGUGGCUGGAGAUGCUUUGAUCCUCCUUUGUGAGGUGCAAGGAGGGAGCAGCCCUGUGUCUGUGCAGUGGUGGCACCUGCCACUGGAGCAGCCAGGUGCCCAGGUGCUGGUGGCCAGCAUGGAGCAGGACGGCACCCUGAGCCUGGGCAGCCGCUACCGGGACAGCAGGGCUCGGGGCAGCCUGCGGCUGGAGAAGGCAAGCUCCGGCGCCUACACCCUGGUGAUCCCGCACACGCUGGGCGCGGGCGACAGCGGACACUACCGCUGCAGGGCGAUGGAGCGCGUCCGAGGACACAGCUGGAUGCAGGAGGGGGAGACAGCAGUCAAGGUCAGCUCCAUGGGUCCUGGUCUGCAAGCCACGCUGAGAAGCAGAAUUGCCACCGUCACGUAUGGGAGGAGUUUUGAGCUUGUCUGCCAAGUGAGCGCCAACUAUAGCCUUGAAGAAGUGCCGAUGUCUGUGCGGUGGUUCUUCCGGCCCAGGCCACCUGCUGGCCCCUACCAUGAGUUGGUUCGAGUCUUUCCCAGUGGCACUGUGGCCUGGCAGGCAGCACAGCCACACUUCCAGGGUAAAACCCAGCUGGUCAAGACUGCUACCUCCUUCGGGCUGCACAUCCACAAUGCCAUGGCUGCUGAAGAGGGAACGUAUCGCUGUGAGGUGGAGGUCUGGAGGAGGAACACUCUGCCACUGGGGCAGCCUGCAGCCACAACCAGGUCCAAUGCCGUAGGGAUAAAGGUGGUGUUGCCAGAGAGCAAGCUGCGUGUGGCUACGAACGAGAGCUCCGUGGAGAUUGCCGUCGGUGCUGACACAGCCAUCGAGUGCAGAAUCACGGCUGCCCACAACCACUCUCAGUUUGCUGUUACCUGGUACCUCCUGCCUCCUCCAGGAGAUGCAGUCCCCUUGCAAAUCCUAAGGGCUGACCACAGCAGCACGCUGGAAUACGGAGCCACGUUCAGCUCUCCUGCACAGAAGUCUCGGUUCCUGAGCCAGAGAGAAUCCAGCUCCGUUUUCUGCCUGCGGAUCCUCUCUGCCAACGCCGAGGACCAGGGCAGGUACCACUGUGUGGUGGAGGAGUGGCUCUGGCUGGGCGAUGGCUGGUACCAACUCGGAGAGGGAGUGUCGGGCAGGACCCUGUCGCUGUUAGGCGCUGUUAGCAUGCUGACUGUUCCCAAAGUUGAGGAAAUGGACUUACAGAAUCCAAUAUGGAUUGUAAAUGUACCUGCGAAUGGAGAACUCAUCGACGAUACUUGCAACAGCCCCUACAAAAUUCCCCACAGGACCCUGCUGCAGUUCAAGCCCACAGAGUCGACUGCUUUGUCUAGGAUCUGCUCCUCCCCAGCGCUGCUGAACGUCAUCCUGUACUUACCACUGGCUCUGAUCCUUCUCCUGGCCCUUGCUGCCUUCUGCUGCUACUUCAAGUUCAGAAAAAACAAGAAGGGCAACAUCACAGGGAAUGAGGUCAUGGAACUGCAAGGGGCUGGAGGGGCCAAGAAAACUUAG